UACAGCCCAUUUGUGACCGUCUAAGUCCAGUUCAGUGCUAGGCAUGGAUCCGAAGCUUCGUGGAGAUCGAGCUGCCCUCCAUCAUCCCCUCGAUGAUCCGCACAACCUUCAGGGAAUCAUAGAUUAUGCCCUUAUCGCCCUAAAGACUCCCUUGAACGUAGCGUUGCUACGAGGGUGCGUUGAUCGCGCUGCCGAGAUACUAGAAAAGAAUCCGGCACUCGCACACGUACCUGACAGAAGCGGGUCAUACCCUUUGCAUGUGGCCUCAGCCAAUGGCUACGAAAAGAUAGUAGACAAGUUGCUGGACAUCGACCCAUCUCUCUGUCUCCUCCGUGACAAGGAAGGAAGAACUCCUCUCCAUUCAGCUGUUUUGUAUGGCCAAACUGGUGUGCUGGGGAAACUCUAUCCGAUUCACGUCAAGCAGAAAAAGCUCCGUGAGUCACUUGCUGGACGUCAGGCUGAUGAAGAAGAGCCGAUUCUACACCUCUGCGUGAAGCAUAACCAGCUUGAGGCCGCCAAGUUUUUUCUGAAAGAAGAAGAGCAUUCUAAGAACAAGUCCCGCAAGAAAGAUAAGAGGCUUAUAACAACCAAGGACCGCAACGGAAACACAGUGUUUCACCUCGCUGCGGCUAGAGAAGAUUCUCAGAUGUUGGAGUUUCUACUUGGGAAGAUCAAAGCCAAGGAUGAUUUGAACGCAACAAAUAACUAUGGCUACACCGCUUUAGAUAUCUCAAAAGAUUCUUUCGAUGACGAGAAAAUCAAUGACAUGAUUCAAGACAAAGGAGGUGAAAGCAACAAAAUUCGUAGGAAAUGGAACACGUUUAAUAGCUGGCACAAUUGGUACAUGAAAGAAGAAGUCUGGGCAAAUGACAUGCACAAUACAUUGAUGGUGGUGGCGACACUGAUUGUAGCAGUCACAUUCCAGGGUGCAAUCAACCCACCUGGAGGCUUCUGGCAGGAUCGAGACUCUUCCAAUUCAACUUCUCCAUCGCCAUCUCCCAUGCCUUCCUCACUUGCUACUUCUCUUACAACUGGAACAACGAUUCAUGAUAACACCAACAAUCAAGCAUUCCGAUUGUUCAUGCACACAUCUUCCUCUAGGCGGCCUGGGACGGCAAUUCAUAAUGAUGAGAACUUUGCUGGGUUCAAAAUAUUCAUGUAUUUUGACAUGAUCGCGUUCGCUGCAUCUCUGUCGAUCAUUCUAUCCUUGGUGAGUGGGUUUCCACUUAGGCACCGGUUCACAACUUGGGUGUUGGUGUUCACCAUGUGGGCUGCAUUGUCCUCUAUGGCUAUGGCUUUUGUGUUUGGCACCGAAAUAAUCAUCGCUGAUGCGAAAGUGCUUGAGAAAAUACCUUAUAUUAUAUAUAGCUGGUUGGGAGCCAUGGUCCUUGUUCUCUUAGUCCACUGUAUCAUCCUUGUAGUCCGUUUAUGGGGUGAAAUCAAGAAGUCUUGGGUCGACCUGUGCAAUAAGCUCCAACAAACCAAUGACGCGACCAAGGGGAAGAAGGACAACGAGGCGGAGGGUUGUUGUUGGCCAUGAUGGCUUGAGUGACAAGUGCGUGCUUGGACCCUACAGAUUUUAUGUGGUGUGAUGAAUGUGUGUACUCUUUUCUUGUGUUUCCUAGCGUUGCUUUUGGUAUUAAUAGGCCAGGAUGACUGAAUGUACAACAUCAGCAGCAACGUUUAAAACUUGAUAACUCGAUGAGUCCAAUAACUAGGUUGAGUACUUCUGAGUUUUGAACACCGUCCAAAUUUGAUGUGUUAAAUUUGUUAAUGUUGUUGCGUUGGUAAGUGAAGUCAUGUUGUGUGGAGUGUUUUCAACUUUUAUUGAGUCGAGUCAACCGUGGCUUAGAUGCGUCUUUGUGAACAAAUCGAGUGUUUGUCUUUAUCUUUAUGAAAUCUGAUUGCACUGGCUUCUCUCUA